GAUGGGGCUGCAGGAGCACAUCGGCAACAUCGCGCACGAGCUCGGGCACGCCUGGGGCCUGUACCACGAGCACCAGAACAAGGCCUUCUGGGCCGCCGACGGCCAGCAGCGCGUGUUCGUGUUCCAGUGCGAGAACAUGCAGGGGUUCGCCGCGGCGACCCGGGGCCUGACGCGGGACGAGAUCUGGGGGGCCCGGGGUGUCUGCGUGGAUUGGAUGACGGCCGUGCAUGCCGGUGUCCCCUCGACCGAGUUCCUCCCGCUGCCCUGGGGCCAUUCGAUCUGGGCCAGCUAUGCCCGCGACGAAGACGUCGAUUGGGACUCGAUUAUGCUGUAUAGCUCCAAGAUUGGCGCCAACGCCGAAGACGCCUAUGUGCUCAUGCGCCGCCAUGGACAACAGGUGCUCGAGGACAACGUUGUGCCGUCCGCCCAGGAUGUCCAGGGGAUCCGCCAUUUGUAUGAGAACAGGUUGUCCUAUCCGAGGACCAUGCUGCUGAAUGACCCGCGCAACCCUUAUUACUCGAACUUCAAGCGCUUCGCUCCGGGCUGUACUUGAUCUUACGCCGAACGGGACCAUCGGUGGAACUUGCAGGGGAGCACCGCUCUUGAAUCAAAUGCAGUUGAUGCUAUGUAUCUUGUCUUCCGUUUGGCUGUAAACACUGAAAUCUCAACCCCC